CAAAAGUAGACCCAUUUGCUCUUUGCCCUUCUCUCUCUCUCUCUUAGGACACAUUACCCAACACUCUCAUGGCUUGUCCUUCACUCCUUUCCUCAAUCUCACCCCCUUCUUCUUAAAUACCCCAUUCUCCUCCUCCACCCCCUCAUAUCCAUCCACUCUCUUUUUUUCUUCUCCAAGAGGAGAUUUAUCCCCCAUUUUCCUCACUCAAAUUCCCACAAAAUCAUAUACAAUCACAAUGGCCAUCCUAAAGGUAAACAAGCUCCCACAACCAACCGUUCUCAAACAAAUCCUCAAACGAUGCUCUAGCCUUGGCAAGAAGUCCUCCAACAACGGCGCCUACGACGCCGACGACGACCUCCCUCUCGACGUCCCCAAGGGCCACUUUGCGGUGUAUGUCGGCGAAAACCGAAGCCGUUUCAUCGUCCCGAUCUCGUUCUUAACCCACCCCGAAUUCCAAUGCCUACUUCGUCAAGCAGAAGAAGAAUUUGGAUUUGAUCAUUACAUGGGCCUCACUAUCCCUUGUCAAGAACAUGUCUUCAGAUCCUUAACCUCAUCCAUGCUUAGAUGAGUUAUUACCAAACCAAAAACACUAUAUUAUUUCAAACUUCAUUUUCUUUCUUCAAGAUGGGGUUUUUCAUGAACAAGAAUUUACAAGAAUCUGAAGAUGGGCCAAAGAAGAGAGAUUAUUCAUUAUCAUUAUCUCUUUUCUUUUUUUUCCUUUUUUGACCAUCUUCUUUUUCACUUUCUUUUUCAUGGAUUUCAUCAUCUAUCUUUUCUUUUCUUUCUUUUUUCUUUUCUUUUUUGGAAACCCUUUAAUGGGUUUUUUGUGCUUAAUGACUUGAUCUCUAACUUAGUUUCCAAUUUCCAACCCCUCUCUUGAAAAAAAAAAAAAAAAAAAAAUCUCAAAAGGGGUUGAGAGGAAAAAAAAAAAAAAAAAACAAAGGAUCUGUUCUCUCUCUUUGUAAAAAUAGUUUAAUGUUUCCCUCAUUGAGGUGGGUUAUACUUUACACCCUUUGAGUGGUUUCUCUUUUAAUGGAAAAAUUGCAUGGAUAUUAUUAUUAUUAUUA